UAUAUUUCUCUCUGCCUUUGCUGUUAACGUAAGAGCCAUUAGAUAUUUCUUCAGAUCUCUCUUUCUUUUUCUUUUUCUCGCCACAAAUCUGCUUCUAUUCCAAAAGAACGAUCUCUGCUUUAGAGCUUCAGCAAAGAUGAACAGCUGUGGAGUCCAACAAAACGCUUUCGAGGUGAUGAGGAGCAGAGACGCUGUUGUUUGCCCUAAACCACGUCGUGUUGGUGUCCACAACCACCACCACCUUGCUCGAUCUCUCCGUUGGCAAGUUAGUCACCAGAUGGAGUUAUGUGAAUCUAAUUCAAGAAGUGAUAUUUUGGAUUUCAUACUCGCAAAGGGUGGUGGUUGUGAACAAGAUCCAACGAGGACGGUGACGUCAUCCCCGGAGCUAUUUUUCACGGGGUCACCGCCAAGUAGAGUUUCUAACCCUUUAACCAAAGAUUUACUCUUUCGGGAGGAGCUUCUCGUGGUUGCUCCUCCUCCUCCGUUGACUCCACGAGCAACCAAGCCGCCACCACCGUCUUCUCCAAGGAACGGUGGCGGUUGCGUUAGGGUGACGACUAACUUCGGGAACAAUCCUGCGGUUCGUGUCGUGGGAUUUAAUUGCCUUGACAUGGACAGACGCAGUAGUGUUCUGACUCUUGCAUAAGAGUCCCAAAAACAUGCAAAUAUAUAACAGAGAAGGUUGAAAUUUGAAAACCAUUAAAAAGGUUUAGGAGUUGAUGAUGAUGAUGGAUCAUGUGGAGUUUUUUUUGUGGAAAAUUUGUAAAUAUUUUCAAGAAAAGGUAAUUUAAAGAUAUGUUAUAUAUAAUCUAGGAUUUGGGAGUUUUGUAAAGUAAAAAAAAAGGGUUUGUGAGUGUUAGUGAAAAUAAGAGCAUCGGUGUUUCUUCCUUAUUGUAACAAAAGGAAUGAGUUUUUUGAAAUGUAAAGAUAUCAUUUCUACUCUUUUUUCUGUUGUCUCUCAUGUACAGAUGUAAUUUUUAAAGGAAAUGAAAAUUUUAGUCUUACUUA